AUGGUUCAGGACGAAGAAAACGACUAUGUGCCAGUGGCAAAAAUGGAUUUGAUGAUGAUGAUCCUGGAGAAUCAGUGCAUGAUAAGCCAACUUAUUAAGGUCUGUAUCGCGUUAGAAUACGAAUCACAAAUGUCAUUUGUAGACACUGCAAUCGCAGAAGUAAUGAGACAAAGCGAAGCGUUCUUUGAGGAUAACGCAACUUCUUACAUUUUUACCGCUGACCAUGGCAUGACAGACUGGGGAUCACAUGGUGAUGGAUCCCAAGAUGAAACUGAAACACCUUUUGUCGCCUGGGGAGCAGGAAUUGCUCCAACAAAUUUACAAAGAGACAUCAAUCAGGCUGACAUCGCUCCUUUAAUUUCCACUUUACUUGGAAUCUCCAUUCCUACUAACAGUGAGGGAUUAUUGCCAAGAUUUUUCUUGAAGAAAUCCAAUGAGGAAUUCGGCCUAAUCGCAGUAUUGAACAAUAUUAAGCAACUAAUAAUCCAAAUAAGAGCUACCAGAGUCCUCACGACAGGAGACACACCAAGUCUUUCUCAAAGACGCGAACAGGAGCUGAUCGCAUCUGUUCAUCAUAUAGAGACUUUACGGCGAGAAAACAAAAUAAUCGAAGCACUCAGUGAGGCUGACUCUGUGAUGAUAAAGAGUAAGGAGACACUCAAUUACUACCGACGGCUGCAAAGAAAUCAACUCAUAUUUUAUUUGACACUAUUAUGGAUCGGAUGGAUUGCACUCAUGAUUUUGAAGCUGAUUGGCAGUCAGCGUCAGACACUCGGUGCUUUAAAUAAUGGCAUUUUGUAUCUUACGGUGGUUAAUGCGAUAUUUUGUAUUGUUGUGAUUUUGAUCGUAAUUGAACAUAAAGUUUCAGGGAGAGGUGAUUGGAGAGUCCUUGGUUAUGGGAUCAUCGCAUUUUUUUCCGUUUUUUUGGCCCUUCGAAAAGCUGUAACUAUCUCGGUUCAGUUCAAAACGAGUAAAAGUUUUCAUUCGAAAAUCGCAAUUGGAAGCACGAUAUUGUUGAUAAUGAGUAUAUCAGUUGGGGUGAUUGAUAAACGCUUCUUCAGUAUAGCUAUGAUCGUCACAGCCCUAAUGCAAAAGAAACUGAUGAAAAAUCCUCAUAGAUUUCUCCUCCCUAGUGCUGUGAUCCUGGCCAUGUAUCCACUUCUGCCAGUACCCAAGCCUCAUACUAAUUUAAUUAUGAUAUUUGCUCCGUUCAUCAUAACUCCGCUGUUUCUUCCCAAACCAUCCAAAGGUCUUGUAGCUCUCGAGCUGAUCAGGGUUUUCCUAACAGGGUUCAUAAUGAGCGGAGUGGUCGAUGGUAGGACGGGAGCUUCCUGGGUCAUUCUGUUGUCAAGUCCCCUGUCCAUUCUCCUUUACCCAGCAGAACCGGAAGAGCUCAAAUUGACAGGAGUGAUCUUCGGUCUUCUCUGCCCCUUGGCGCUCUUGUCAGCUUCCUACGAGCCUCAAGUCUUCUGCCUUCUUGGCAUUCACUUGAUCUCACUACUAAAAACAAUGAAAAAUGGAGAGGAACAAUUGGGGAUUAUGAAACCUAGGAAAAGGAGUCUGGAUCUUGUCGAUGUGAUAACAGCUGUUUACUUCAUGCUCUACAUUCUAUUAUCAUUUUUUGGAACGGGAAACAUGGCCAGCAUUAGCUCAUUUGAUCCCAUGUGGACUCGACACUUUAUUACGAUGUUUUCACCUUUCACGAUGACUACUUUAAUUCUUCUCAAAAUAGGCAUUCCUUUGAUACUUAUAGGAUGCGCCAGUCGUGUUGUCACCUCCUCAUCUACAUUUUUGGCUGUACUACUCUUGGGUGAUUGUUUAUCACUACCUCUGAUGUAUAAUGUGAGUUCUCAAGGAAGUUGGCUCGAUAUUGGAACUACUAUCAGUCGAUACACCAUUUCUAUCACUUUACCUUGCCUUUUUAUGGUUCUUUAUUAUAUCUCAAGUCCAUUAAUGUUAUUUAGGAUUACUAGGGGAUGGAAAGUUCAAACUGAGAAAGAUCAUUUGAUUUAGAAGAAUGAGAAUGAUUCAUGCUAAAGAACCACUCCCGUAGUUUUAGGUGGCCUUUUGUGGUUUAUAGUUAUAAAAACAUUGACAGGAUGUGAUUCAAUGAUUUACGUUUUAUCCAUUCAGUAUCCAUUUUUACUCGAUUUUUCAUUAGAAAAUAUGCAUAAAGACUCGACCACUCGCAAUUUUUCUGCAAGUUGGUAAAUUACUUAUAAUCAUUGUUGGAACAAUAACUGUGAAAUAUUAUUUGUCGGAAACGAAUACCAUGGGUGUUAUGGACUAUGAAGUGUCACUUACCUCACUGCUCUCUGCGUUACCCAGGGCUAACGACGUGGCCGUGGGGAUGUCUGAUCCCGAAGACAACCCAUGUUGGUACAUAAAAAGACAUGGGACAACAUACAGAUGAGAUGAUGCAAAAACGCCAACUGAUAACCCCGGCAAUGGUGACUCAAUACACCUCCGCUGCUCUCCAUACGGCUAAAUUCAUUAAAAUAUGAAAAUUGGUUAUACUAUCGGACGUAUCAGUCGGAAUCCGCGGAUGGGGAGGGGGGGGCGGCGGUGACGUUGGGUGAAUAAUGUCAUGUCAGCUCUGUGAAGAGUGUUUCAAAUCUAUUAGUGAAGUCUAUUGAACAUUUAAAUAAGUACUCACAUAAAUAUCCACGGAAAUGGCUCCGUUUCAAAAUUUAUGAAUUUCGGAAAGACGCAUGUUUACCGUUGAAUAGAUCCUCUGUUAAAUCCUGUUAUUCCUUCGCAAACUACGGCGACAUGUGUCGAACAUGUUUCGAAUUCAAACCCAAGGAAUAGACUUGAAGACUGUAAACAUCUAUUUGUUUUUGGUCUCAUAUCGUUUUCCGACAUUCCUUUCAGCUGUAAAACCUGCAUUCCCCUUGUCAGAAUAGUGAUUAGUAUCAUAUUUAUCGAAAAAUGUAUGGUGGAGUCUUUCUGCAUAUUUAUCCAACUUAAUAAAGUGCAUUUGAUGUGAAGAUAGGCUCUCUGAUUCAACGAUUUUUCGUGUAACUUUGCACGAAUUCAUCUAGUGAAUGCGAGAUGGGCACUUUUAUAACUAUGUUCAAAUUACAAAAAUUUUUGGUGGAUUCUGAAUAAACAUA